AGCGGGGCGCCGCCGCCAUGUCCCCCCCCGCCUCGGCGGCCGCCGCCGGCGAGGGAGGCAGCAGCACGCCGGUGCCUCCGGAGGAGGAGGCGGAGGGGGCCCGAGAAGAGCAGCGGCCGGUGAAGCAGUCUCUCAGCAAGUCCCUGUGCCGAGAGUCCCACUGGAAAUGCCUGCUGCUGUCCCUCCUCAUGUACGGCUGCAUGGGAGCUAUGACCUGGUGCCAUGUCACCAAGGUCACCCGGCUGACCUUUGACAGCGCUUACAAGGGCAAGUCCAUGAUGUACCAUGACAGCCCCUGUUCCAACGGCUAUGUCUACAUCCCCUUGGCCUUCCUGGUGAUGCUCUACGUGGUGUACCUGGUGGAGUGCUGGCACUGCUACACCCGCAACGAGCUGCAGUACAAAGUGGACGUGGAGAGCGUGCACGAGCGUGUGCAGAGGAUGCAGCAGGCGACCCCCUGCAUCUGGUGGAAGGCCAUCAGCUACCACUAUGUCCGCAGGACCCGGCAGGUUACCCGCUACCGCAACGGGGACGCCUACACCACCACCCAAGUGUAUCACGAGCGGGUCAACACCCACGUGGCAGAAGCUGAGUUUGAUUAUUCCAACUGUGGAGUUAAGGACAUCUCCAAGGACCUCAUUGACUUGGAAAGCUACCCAGCCACACGACUCCGCUUCACCAAGUGUUUCAGCUUUGCCAACGUGGAGUCGGAGAACUCCUACCUGACGCAACGGGCCCGUUUCUUCACAGAGAACGAGGGCCUAGAUGACUACAUGGAGGCCAGGGAGGGGAUGCACCUCAAAAACGUGGACUUCAAGGAAUACAUGGUGGCCUUUUCCGACCCAGACAACCUGCCUUGGUACGUGUCCCACUAUGUCUUCUGGGUGGCGGCUCUGCUGACCCUAUCCUGGCCCCUGCGGGUGCUAAAUGAGUACCGCACCUCCUACGUCCAUUACCACGUGGAGAAGCUCUUUGGGUUCGACUAUGUGGCGGUGACGCCGGCCGAGGAACGCUCCUUCUGCCGGAGGAUGCCCCGUGUCAACACGGUGGACAGCACUGAGCUGGAGUGGCACAUCCGAUCCAACCAGCAGCUGGUGCCCAGCUACUCAGAAGCGGUCCUGAUGGACUUGGUGGGGCUCUCGGGCUGCACCAGCUACUCCGCUUGCCGGUACGGGGGCUACCGGCAGAACUGUGAGCGGUGCCACAGGACUAUAAGCAGCUCCUCCAUCUUCUCCCGCAGCGCCCUGAGCAUCUGCAACGGCAGCCCCAGGAUCCCCUUCAGCAGCAGCCGCUUCUCCCUGGGCCGCCUGUACGGCUCACGGCGCAGCUGCCUCUGGCAGAGCCGGAGCGGGAGCCUGAAUGAGCAGAGCUGUCCCACCGAGCAGACCCGCCUCUCCAGCCAGGUGACUGUGGAGGAGGAAGACCCCCCUCCUUACCAGGAUGCCCUCUAUUUCCCCGUCCUCAUCGUGCAUCGCAAUGAAGGCUGCUUGAACCACGACCACCGUCACCUCCACCGCAACGGGUCCUGCGUGGAGACCUCACUGUGAAAGCAGAGGGGGGCGAGAUCUUGUUGUCCAUUGCCUGGCCUGAGCCAGUGCAGGAUUUGGGGAGAGGAGCGCAGGGGAGGGAGGUGGCCCAGGCGGACAUCAGGAUGGAGCGGACACGGGAUCUUGCUCCAGCAGCCAGCGAAAGCUCCCUCCUCUGUGGCUCUGACCUCUUGGAGGGGUGAGUGCUGAAGCUCCCCCUGACGUGGCACAGAACUCUAGACUGACCACUACAUGCAAAAAAACCCAAACCCAACCAAACCAACCCUAAAACCUUCAUUCAUGGCAUCGAUAUCCAAAGGGGGGAAUAAAAAGACAGGCCUGAUGCAGGGAGGGGGGUACUUUGUCUCCCAGCCCUGGCUCUGGGCUGGCUUGUGCUCUGAAGAACCAGCAGCCACCAGAAGGCACCCUGCUGCACCUCUGCCUACCCCGCUGCCCACGCUGGAGCAAGACCCUUGCCAGGGUGGAGAUGAACAGGCCCUUUGGGAGCAGCAUCUAACUGCCUGUGCCUAAAGGUCUGGGGCAUCCAGGCACGUGGAGCUGAGAGGCAGACCAUGCUUCGACUGUUACUCUGUUCUCACUGCUGGGAAUGGCACCGCCUCCAGAGGAUCCCAGGCUCCGCUCCUUAGGAAGCCUCGGCAUGCCAGCUCUGAGAGUCAGCAUCCCCUAGGUAAAGGGCUUUCAGUCUGGGAUUACAACAAGCAGGCAGCACCUGGAAAGGGAUGAAUGUGCAACCCCAGAUGGAGCAGAGAUCUGCGGCACUACUGAUCUGCUUGCUGGAGGAGGGCUCAGCUGGGAAGAGAACGUGGGAGGCCCCCAGUGAGAUGGGGAAGGGGGAGAGAAUGGCACUGGGACAAGCACUGUGGUAACAGGCAGCGAUUCAAGUGGCUGGGGUCCCUUCCUGGCUUUGAAGUGUGUCCUAAUCAUGGUUCAGACGAGCAUCAAGGAAGGCUCUGCUGCCCUGCCAAGGGAAAUGUUAUGCCCAUGGAUGUGAUCUCAUCAACUUCAAAAGGAAGCCAACAAGCAGAUUGACCUCCACUGCACUGGGAGAGGAGCCUUCUCCCACAGGACUGUAUCCUUUCCACACACGAGGUAAAAGAGGUCCCAAGGACAGAACUGAACCUGCAAGAACCAUGGUCUGAUGGCCUCCCCUUCCUUCUCCCCUCCUCACCUCGUCUGUCUAUCUUGGGGGAGGGACAAUUUAUCUGUGGAGUUCAGCAAGCUCCUCUUCCUGCAGCUCAUAACCAGGCUCUACCAACAGGUACAUCAUCCACCUAUGCAACACUUCCAGAAGCUGCCGAGUUUUCAGGAGCCCAGUACAAUGUGUGGCGUGGCCAUCCAGCACUGAGAAUAAGCACAGCGGCUGCUGGAAAGCUAAGUGGGUUUUAUUCCUCCCCUCCUCCUAAGGAAGACUCUUUUUGCUGGGGAUUUUUGUUUGUUCAUUUGUUUUUUGUAAAAUUCAUUUGGGGAAAUGAAGCUUAUGAGAAAUUGGUACCCAUCCUGAACCCUCCCUAGUCCUUCGAACUGCGGGAAUGGAUGAUUCACCUACUGUGAUUAUAAUUUAGCGGACUUCGUAGAGCAAAGUAACUUCACACCCAGACACACGAGGUUCUUUCACUCUCCAUCAGCACAAGCUGCUUCUGCAAUCUUAGCUACUCACAUUAGUGAAAGAAAAAGCCUAGCUAGAAUGUGGUGAGAUGACUUAGUAUUUUGUAUCAGUCCCAAUGUCCAUUAGCAGCACCGUCAGCUGCCGUGCCAUGAAUUCCGACUUUGGAUGGCAGCCCAUGAACCAGUCAGGGAGAAAAGGUUCGGAGAAACCCAUGCCCGAGUCUAGACGUGUCUCCAGAAGCAGAUGCAGAGGGAGGAGCAGCUGAAAGCAGACAGGGCCUCCUGCUCUGCCCAGCCAGAGGCUGGUGGGCUCUGUGUGUGCUGCACCUGCCCUCCUGGGAGAGCCCCUCCCCAGGGGCUGGGCAGAGAGGAAGGAAAGUAAUGGAGCCUCUGAUGAAGCAGCGUGCACAGCACUGCUCAGCCAGUUGGGAAUGAAGCAGUGACAACUAGACCCCAGAAUAACAGGAUUUCACUUUGGAAAUGCCAACAGCCUUUUCAAACUGAAACAAGACUAAAAGCACUUGACAGUUAUGAGGAGUGUUUCAGGUUGCUGUUCCUUGCUUAAAAGAAUUUAGUUUUUGACCAGGAGGUGGGUUUAAGCACAGUUUAAAUGCACAGUGCUGUGCUCAAGGAAGAUUUGGGAGGCUCUGUGGCUUCGCAGUGGCAUAGACUGAUCAGGAAUGGAGGCUGAACUUCAAAGUCUUCCUCUGCCCCUGGAGAUGUGACCUGGCCAUCCACCCAAGCGUGCACGCGUGACAGGGCGUGCUUCUGCGUGCUGGUGUGCACAGCCGGGACCCGCUCCCCUGCAGGGGCUUGGUGUGUUUGUGGCUUUGGUCUGGUGCUGCCCGUCUGUCCUCGCGGCGAGGGCUUUGCAAGGUGACAGAGCAUUGCUUGUUCCUCAUGAGAGGCAACUCCUGACCUGGUUUUGGUGAGGAGAUGGUGUGAAGUAUCACAUCUGCUGCAGCGAGUGGCAGGGAGCAGGGAUAAAAGCAUGGAGCAAGCUGUGUAUGAGAACAAGCUAAUCCCUUGCUGGCUGCCUAAAACAGGAGAGCUGCUGGAUCUGCUCCCUCGCCAGCACUCUCCAGCUCUUCUCACCCUCCCCAAACACGAUGUGCAAACUGUCAUUCCUCUGAGCUGGCUGAAUCACCCCCCUUCCUCUGAAGUCCUCUGAGGCUGGGCAUUCACAUAAUUUCAGUCCUCUCCCUGCUAGGUGCUGAGGGCUGGCUGUGAAGUGCCAGCAAACAUGUGAUGACCUCAGGCAUUCUGGUGGCCAGACCUCACCGUAACCUGCUGGUUUGCCUGUGCGCUGCCUUCCAGCGGUGCUCUCCGCCCUGGCUUGCCUUGUGCUUGCUUGGUGGAGAGACAGCACAGCCUGGCCUCACUUCUGCAACACUUUCUGCUUUCCCAGAGAAUUUUACAGGACUUCUCUGAGCCUUGGUAGACAGAGUAAGUUUGACCGAUUAAAGUUAGAAAACAGGCCCUUGACAUUUUGGUGGUCCUGAUCUUCAGUGCUGUCCCUGGGGAGGAGAGGCAGGUUGGCUCUUGUGGUGGUACAGGACCAGGAGAGGUGGUGAAAGCAGCAUGUUUGUUGGGCAAGUCUCCAGACAUAAGCUCUGUGCUUCUCUGCUGGGACUGAGAGCAACUUUGCUGUGGGUUGAGCUAGCUGAGGAGGGCAGAAUAGUGUGUAAAUGCUCAGCAAGACACGUAGAGAGGAGGGGCUGUAGGAGAACAGCUGUAAAAGGCUUUGCAAGUGUGGUCAUUUUUGCAGGAGACACAGGCAAGACAGGGCAGGAGGCUGCUGGGCUGGAGCAGUGGUGCUGUGAGGAUGGGAGGGAAACGUAGGGAAUGUGGCAUUUGAUGGAGAAGCCUAGGAACAAAGUGGGCUUUCAAAGCAGGCUGUGCUUGCUCUGGCUGAGGAGACAGGCAGGAGGUGUUUCCAAGCUGAGGUGCCAAGCUUCGCUGGAUCAUCAGAGAAGCAAUGUUGCCUCCAAGCCCAGCACUGACAGCUUGAGCACGUGUCACCAAACCGCAGUGGCUAAUGCAGCCACAAGGUGUAAAUGUCACUAAUGAAUAAAUUGCCUUGUGCCUUGGAGAGGCUAAUCCAUCACGGCCAGGGAUGGGGAUCUGACAGGCUCGGCUAUUUCAGGCACAGCCUGUAGGGAGGAGGAACUGCUUCAUUUCUGAGCCGUCCCCUCUGCCUAGGGAUGCCGAUGCAAGGCUUGGCUCUGCACUGCUCCCCAGAUUCCUAGCUGCAUGACCUCUGGCUUCAUCCCCUUUCACUGUGAUUGAAGGAGGAAGCAGGAGAGGGUCUAGCCUAGCUGUCCCUGAGAGGGCUAGCUGAUGAGGGAGUUUGGAGGGAGGCUGCUUCACUCAGGGCACUGGUGCUGUAGGUGCUGAUGGGAUAAAGCAGUGAGUCCCCAGCAAUCAGGAGAGCUUCUCUCAGUUGUCAGGGGUACAGGGCUGUGACCUGCACAGUGUGUGUUUCCAGCCAGUAAUGCUUGGUUUAUUCCCCAAUUCGGUUUCAUAGUUAGUCUCUAUAAGAGAUGACCUGGAAAUGCUCUGAGGCUGCCCCAGCCCAAGCCCUCACCCUGUAUGGAGGCACAGCUCUACUGUGCUCUCCCAGGGGCAGAGCACAGGCUCCUCCAUUCCCCUGUCACCAUGGAACCCUAGCCACCAACACCUCAGUUGGCUGUGCAGAGGGCCAGCAGGUACCUGACAGGCAGAAACAAGCUCAGCGUAGACCAACCCAGUCCCAUCGACCCAAAGGGAGGCUGAAUGCAGCAGCCAUUCCCAUGCCCAGCCUCUGCCCAAUCCCUGUGGCAGCCUGCUCCUCCGCACCCCGUCGGUGCUCAAAAUCAACCUGCCGUCCUGUUUACGACAUAUGCCAGCAUGACACCUUGCAAACCGAUGCCUGGGUUGCUGUGAGCAGAAGUUGCCAGGCUUGGGAAGCCGGCCACCGGCCCCGGCUGCCACACGCGCCAUGCCCAGAGCAGAAGCAGGACUUGCCAUCUGCUGCGGGAAGCAGCCAGCUGGGAGCCCCUGCUCCGGCACGACGGGAUGCCCGCUGGCGUAGUUGAAAUGGAAGCCCUUGUGUCAAUCCCCCUCCUUUACUAUCCGACCACCCCCAUGUAUCCCCCCCCAUCACUCUGGUGCAGACCCACGGGUGGGGAGAUGCUCCCAGCAUGGCUGGAGUCCCUCUGCUGCUGAGUGCCACCCAGUGCUGCUCACGCUGCUCCAGCGGACGGCGGCAGGAGGGGACAUGAGCUCCCAGGCAAGUUGCUGGAGGUUGUUCCUUCCUUCAGAUGGAGGCCCACAGCUGAUUCCUCUCCUCAAAGUCCCGCAGUACUCCUUGGGGAUGGAUCUUGUGGAGAGCUGAAGGGUCUGUGCUGGUCCUGCACUGGCACAUGCCCUUCCCAGCACAGACUGACCUGCUAGUGACUGCUCUGCAAGGCAGUGCCACACCAUGGUAACCAGACCCCAAGGUGACAAGCGAUCCACCAACCCUGGGAGUGUUUGCACUCAGACAACCUGUUGUUGCUGUCAGGGCUUUCAUUUUUACCAACGUGCAUGACAUUUGAUAUGGUUUAAACUCUUGCAAUCUGGCAGAUAGUGUACUGUUGGUCUUGGGUGUGGAUGAGGGGUCCAGGCUGCUUGCUUUGGGCUUUGCUGUUUGGCCAAGAGAUUGAUGGGAGGGAAGGCAAAGGGUUCUCCAGGCAGCAGCUACCUGUCCAGGUGUUCCUGCAUGUGGCAGCCCAGGAGCAGGUUUAGAGGGUGCUCAGGUAGUGUCAAUAGCCUCAGCUAUUUGCAGGAAGAGUAGCUCUAAGUAUCCUGAAAAGCAAGUCAGCAGUUGUUCUGGGGUUGAUAUGUUUUCCCAAGCCCUUUUCUUUUCAUCCCUGUUCCUUACUGGCUCUGGUGGCCAGUUCCUCCCCAUGUGUCUGCUAGCAUGUCUGAGGGAUCUCAUCACUGCCCUCCCAGCACGAGCUUUCAUUGCACAACUGGCUGACCAGAUGCAGCCCUAUACUUGGAGCUACAAACAGGCUUGCCGAGGACCAGGCCACACCAUUAAGCUCCCACCCCACCCUCGCUGCUGGAGCUCUUCCUUCAUCAGCCUGAAGCUGAUCUGGGUCUUUCCUGCUGUUUCUGAACACGAGUUCUCAUCUCAUUCAGGUGUGUCAUUCAGUGGAAAUAUUUUGUAAAUGCAAAUAAAAAUAAAUAAAUCUGUUCAAUACCUCGGUCUCGAGGAUGGGAAACAAGUAGUGGGAGAUGCCCCAGUGGGGAGGUUUCACAGCUCCUGCUGCUGGUUAGGUUUUCUUGCAGAUGUAGCCCCUGGAGCAUCCACAAAUGGUUGGGAAGGGAGCUACACAGCCCUGCGAGUGCUUGGGGCUGAGCCCUGCUGGCACCCCUGCCAGCGGAGACAGCCUCAACCUCCAUCCUUUCUGCUCUAUAUGGGGGUGACACGGUGCAGGCAGAGGUCCUGUGGGAUGGGGAUCUGUGCGUGGUGCCGGCGUGGGCAUCUGGAUCCAUCCAGCAGAGCAAGGCAGAAGCGGGUACGUGGCAAACAAAUUAUUUUGUGAGCACUGGGAAACAGUUUUUACUUUCCAACUCUGUCAAUAUGAUCUAGCUCUGUCUGUCUCUCUAUAUAUGUACAAACAGUAUAUCACAAUGUUGCCUUUUUUGUUGGAAAUAUCAAAGUACAAAGAUUGUAAACCAAAUCGGUGUAAUAAAAGUUUCAGAUGAUUCACUGA